AAUAUUAUUUCAAAAGAGGCCCAAAUGCAAAGGAGGCUAACGUUUCUGCCGCCAUCGUGAAGUCCCAUUAUGGCGGAGGUUGACGAAGAUGAAAAGUACCUUUAUGGAGAAAAUAACGAUGAUGCAAAAGCUGGAAUUUCAGAGUUAUUUGAAAAGAAACUGAAUGAAGUGAGUUCUGCCGCGUUGUUAACGAAUAUCACCAAAGUUGCACCACUAGAAAAAAAUGAAGAGGAAGAUGCAAAGGAAAACACAAAGGAAAGUGCUACAAAUGACAAUGAUGACGAAGAGUCAUAUGAAGAAGAUGAUGAUGAUGAUGAUGAUGACGAUGAUGUACAAGUGACCAUAGAUGAAAUAAGUACAAGUGGUGCAUAUGGGGCUCCUUUUGGAGCUGGUGUCAACUGGGCUGCCAAAGGGGUAGCUGGUGCUGCCAAACCAAGUGCAGGUGCUUCUGGUGACACAAAACGCUUAGAUAUAGAUGCUGUUGGAACAGUCAACAGUGUUUCAAUUUAUGAAUAUGACAUGGACCUUGGGACUGAUGAAAAGCCAUGGAGGGAUCCAGGAGCUGAUAUAACAGAUUAUUUCAAUUACGGGUUUACGGAGGACACGUGGAAACAAUACUGCGAAAGACAACGAAGACUGAGGAUGGAAGUCAAUGGGCAAAAGAAAAUUUAUACACUAGGCCAAGGGACCACUACUGGGGAUGCUGCUGUAAAUUUGAAGGCCGGGCCACCACCAGAUAGAAAAACAGAAGGGACUAUUGACGUCAUUGGAGGAAACAAUUCACACACUACUAGUCGACGACCACAGGAUGAGCAACUAAUUGGUUUCCAGCCCCCGGAGUUGAAUUUCGCAGGAAGACCUGGUUUUCCAAGACCUUUUCCUGGCGGUCCAUUGCAAGUUGCUCAGCCAAGACUGUUCCCUCGUCACCCCAAUCUUCCUGCCGGUCUGCGACCACCAUUUAUGCCUCCACCGAUGGGGGCCGGAUUCCAAAUUCCUGUUGCACCCCAGUCAGAACCAAAUGCUAACAUGUCAAACCCUUCUGUAUCUGGGGCACCCACAAGCUCUGCCACGUCACAGAUCCCUGGAUCAGCUCCAGAUGGAACGGUGUCUAGCAUGGCACCGCCGCAUGUUAUGAUACCCCAAAUGGGGGGACCUGGCGGUCAAUUACCGCCACAUAUGUUUGGACCAGAAGGUUUGCCUCCAGGUAUGCAGUUACCUCCAGGAAUGCCAGGCGCAGCUGACUUAUAUGGAAGAGGGCCAAUGGAUCCUUUUAUGCCGCCAAAUGCUAACGUACCUGGCAUGUUUCCUCAAUGGGAUAUUAAUGCAUUGCAAGGAGGAGAUUACUCACGAAGUCCCGAGAGGACAGAGAGAGAACGAGGGGAACGAGGCAGCGAUGCUGAUAGUGAUUCUGAAAGUAGGAGACACCGACGAAGAGACAAGGAUCGCCAUAGGGAGCAUCGGGACCGAGACAGGGAGAGUACCAGAGACAAAGAUCGUGACAAAGACCGCGAAAGGCGGCAUCGAGACCGAGAAAGUCGAAGGGACAGAGACAGGGACAAAGACAAGGAUAGAUCAAGGACAAGAGACAAGGACAGGUCAUCUCGUCGAUCAGAACGAUCAAGGGACCACAAAAGUGAUAGGAGAAAACAUCGCUCAUCUAGCAGGCAGAGAGACGAAAGUGAAGAGGGUGAAACGCCGCGAAAAAGAUCUCGAAAGUCGCGCCAUUCUGUUGAAGAAACCGCAUACCAAGGUGACGGGCAAAAGGAAGAAGGUGAAGCCACUGAGUAACCGUCACGCUCUUCGUUUCAUUGAUGUCGUUUCCGUUUGCUAGCCUCAUAGUGAAUGAUAUAUGCACAAAAGGCUUGAUACUGAAGACAGAGCCGUAUUGGAACGCGUAAAAAACAUUAUAUGGGAUGGAAUCCUUAUUGCAAUACAAUGUCUUGAUAUCUGAGACUCAAGAAUGAAUUUAAAUCAGGUGUUUUAAGAUCAAUCGACGUUUUAAGUAUUGACUAAAAUGUCACAACCAUUUAGUUGCUUUGUAAAUUGAUGAUAAUAUGGAUAACGUAAA